AACACAACUAUGACCUCCUCACUCCGAAAUUCCAUUCACAGGCGCAACCACAAAGAGCGGUCGCAGCUCGCUCACCGUGCUAAACUUGGACUUCUAGAGAAGCAUGCUGACUAUGUCAAACGAGCAAGAGACUACCAUUCAAAACAGGAUCGUUUGACGCGCCUGAAACAGAAGGUUGCAGAGAGAAAUAAGGAUGAAUUUUACUUUUCGAUGGCGAGGGAGAAGACGAAGGGAGGUGUUCAUGUGAAAGAUAGAGGGAAUGUCGCCCUACCGACGGACAUGGUCAAGGUACUCAAAACUCAGGAUGAAAACUACGUUCGAACAAUGAGAGCUUCAAAUAUGAAGAAAAUAGACAAAAUCAAGAACCGGUUGUCCAGUAUCAUUGAUAUAACAGGUCCACAGGGCAAAACUCUCGAUGAGGAAGCCAAAGAAGUGCUUCAACAAGCUGGUAUUCUUCCAAAGAGUAAGGGAAAACAACAGCAGAAGCGCCAUAUAGUUUUUGUCGAAGACUUUGCUUCUGUUCAAAGUUACAAACCCCCGCACGCAACAGCGAAACCUUCCGAUGAAGGCGUCAAUGAAGUUGAUAGGACUGAACCCACUGACCUAGGCUGGUCGCUACCAAACAGCCGUAAAGGCAAGCGUAAAGCUUCUUCGGUGGCUGUCGAUGGGGAACUCGGUGAUGAUCAUGACGACCUGAUGAGCGAUGAAGUCGAUGAACUGGAAGCGCCAGGAGAACACCGUACUAGACUGAUUAACGAACUCUCCGCCCGUCUUACUCGAGACCAGCAAUUGCGAUAUGCACAACGCGAGUUUGAGUUACAGCGGUUGAUGAUGGGGAAAGGUGCUCGCAAGAAAAUUCAAGGAG